UCGGGGACCCUUUUCUCUGCUCUCCCUUUUCCAGCCAGGACCGACUGCCAAAAGGACCUGUGGCCGCCGUCUCCUUCCUCUCUCUGCAGACCCCCCAGUGACACACCAUGGACCCCAACGCCAUCAAGGAAGAGCUGCGCCUGUUUCAGAGCACCCUGCUUCAGGAUGGGCUGAAGGAGCUGCUUAACGAGAACAAGUUUGUGGACUGCACCCUGAAGGUAGGCGACAGAAGCUUCCCCUGCCAUCGGCUCAUCAUGGCCGCCUGCAGCCCGUACUUCAGGGAUAUCUUCUUCACAGAGGAUGGGAAGGAGGUGGAGAACACCAAGGAGGUGGUCCUGGAGGAAGUCAAUCCUUCCAUCCUGGAUAUGGUCAUUCAGUACCUCUACUCAGCCGAGAUUGACCUCACCGAUGACAAUGUCCAGGAUAUAAUUGCUGUGGCCAACAGAUUCCAGAUCCCUUCUGUCUUUACAGUCUGUGUAAAUUACCUUCUCAAGAAGUUGUCUCUGGGAAACUGCUUGGCGAUCUUCAGGAUGGGCCUGGUGAUCAGCUGUCCGAGACUCGCUGUGGCCGCACGCAACUACGUCGCAGACCGCUUCGAACUCCUUUACAACAAAGAUGAGUUCCUCAAGCUUGCGGCCCACGAACUGUUCGCAGUCAUCGGCGGAGACUCAUUGAAUGUGGCGAAGGAGGAGCUGGUGUUUGAGGCGGUCAUGGCAUGGGUACGUUAUGACAAAGAGCGAGUCAAGGUCCUGAAGGAUGCUUUCAACUGCAUCCGCUUCCGCCUGCUGCCGGAGAAGUACUUCCAAGACAAAGUAGAGUCCGAUGAUAUUAUCAAGGCGGACCCGGAGCUCCAGAAGACGAUCCAGGUCAUCAGCGAUGCCUUCAAGGGAAAACUUCCAGAGACACCCGCGAAGAAGGAGGGGGAGGAAGGAGAGGAGGAGGAAAGCCCCUUCCCAGGUUUCCUGAAUGACAACCGAAGACAAGGCAUGUACGGACGCGAAUUCAUCGUCAUGAUUAAUGAUACCGCAUCGGUGGCGUAUGAUGUCAACGAGAACGAGUGCUUCCUGGCGGCCAUGUCGGAGCAGGUGCCACGUAACCACGUCAGCCUGGCGUCACAGAAGAACCAGCUCUACGUCAUUGGAGGAGUGUUUGUGGAUGAGGAAAACAAAGAUCUACCCCUCCAAUGUUACUUUUUCAUGUUGGAUCCCCUCAUCUCUGAAUGGGUCGCCCUGCCGCCCAUGCCUUCUCCAAGAUGCCUCUUCAACAUCGGAGAGAGCGACAACCUGCUGUUCGCCGUGGCAGGAAAAGACCUCCAGAGCAACGAGUCGCUGGACACUGUCAUGUGCUUCGAUAUUGAAAAAAUGAAGUGGAGUGAGACCAAAAAGCUUCCUCUGAAGAUCCACGGCCAUGCUGUCAUCUCCCACAAAGGACUGGUCUACUGCAUUGGUGGAAAGACUGACGACAAGUGA